GGGAGCCAGAGGGACUCUGAUGCCAUAAGCCAAGCGGGCACAUGGAGGUGAGACACCGGCCGCCUUGCUUCAGGAGGUCUUUGCUUAUUCAUGUUCCCACCAGGAGUGGGGUGCACUGUAGCAUGGGACACUGAAGCCCACCCUGAUCCCAGGGGCAGGGAGAAAGCUGAAGCCAUCACAGCAUGUAUCCGAUCGGGGGGUAAAAGUUGCUCACCUGAUAGAGCCAAGAUGAGGACCCCACUGGCCAGCGGGAGAAGCCAGCCUGGGUGCCAGCCUCCCAAGAGUCUCCAGGUGCAUUUGAGUCUGGGAAGAAGAUCCACCCAGGAAGAAGAUGGGGGUGGUGACAUUUCCUGCUAGGAGACACUGGAAAUUUGUUCCUGCUUCCCAGGUGCUGGAGCUCUCAGAGUAUCCCAGAGGCACAAUGGCAAACAGAACUGGGCUUAACGCUACUCAGGGGCUAGACACUUCCUCUCUACCAGAGGUGUCCCAAUUCCAGGAGGCCGUUGGCCUUUUCUUCAUGGUCCUGCUGAACCUCGUAGCCUUGGUUGCCAAUGUGGCAGUGAUGGUGGUCAUCCUCAAGACCCCUCUGCUGAGGAAGUUCAUCUUUGUCUGCCACCUCUGCCUGGUGGAUCUGUUGUCCGCCAUCUUCCUGAUGCCGCUGGGGAUCAUUUCCAGCUCCUCUUGCUUCAACAGGGUGAUCUACAGCAUCACAGAGUGCCAGACCUUAAUCUUCUUGAACAUCUGCUUCAUCAGCGCCUCCAUCCUCACCAUCUCGGUCAUCAGCGUGGAGAGAUAUUACUACAUCGUUCACCCCAUGCGGUACGAGGUCAAGAUGACCGUUGGGCUGGCAGUCACAGUGGUGGUCUUCAUCUGGAUUAAGUCGAUCCUGGUCACAGUCUUGGCAUUGGUGGGGUGGCCUCAAGACAACGGGGCCACGAGUGCCAGUAAGUGCACUGUGUCCUGGAGCCCUGGGGCCCACAAGAAGGUCUUUGUUAUUGUCUUCAGCACCCUCUGCUUCUUCCUGCCUACCUUGAUCAUCUUUGCUGUCUACUGCAGCAUCUACAAAGUGGCCCGGAUUGCCUCCUUGCAGCAUGUGCCCGUCCCCUCUUGGACCGCUGCCCCGCGGCAGCGAUCGGAGUCUAUUAACAGCCAAGUCACUAUCAUUACUACCAGAAACCUGCCUCCCAGGCUGUCCCCAGAGCGGAUGUUUGGAGGGGGAAAAGCUGCCAUGACUGUGGUCCUCAUUGUGGGUCAAUUCUUGUGUUGCUGGUUGCCAUUCUUCUCCUUCCAUUUAUACUGCUCCAUUAACUCUGUCAGCCCAGGCAGGGGCCACGGGGAGACGGUCGUCACCUGGCUCGCCUACUCCUCCUUUGCUAUCAACCCUUUUUUCUACGGGUUACUGAACCGCCAGAUACGGGAAGAGCUGUCUAGGCUGGGGCGGAGCUGCCUCAACAGACCCUUGAGCCAGGAGCUCUGUCUCUCCAGCCCGGAGGGUUCCAUACAGGAGAACUUCCUUCAGUUCCUGCAGAGGACCAGCUGCACGCUGGAGACCCGAUCCAGUUACGUCAACUCUAGCCCCAGGAACACUUUGGACCAGACCAUGAUGGGCUUCAGAAUUCCAGGCCAAAUCCCAGAAGAAACCAACUGAGAAAGCACAGUGGGCUGGAGUCAACUUCAUUUCCCUGCUCUCCAUAUCCUGGCCUCUGCUAGGAGAAGGAUUGAAGCAGGGUUUCAGCUGAUCCGAAGGACUGACCAACCCUUUUUAGACCUGGCGGGAGGGUCGGGGUUAUGGCUUUGGAAGAACUUGCCUUCAGCCAGAGUAAAUCCAGUGAAAGGCUAUUUCCGAGGCUUUACAAUAUUGGGCCAGCCUGGUUUCAUGGGUGGGAGCCAAAGAGGGAGAAAGCAAGAAGGCAGGGAGCUGGAAAUGGACAAAGGCACUCACUAGAGCUAAUUUUCUUUCUCUCCCAGCAUUUUCCCUGACACUGACAUGUCACGAGCACCAAGCUCCAGCAUCUGAGCUGUUGGGGCGGUUCUGCUUUUGCCUAGUCUUCUAGAUUAAUAGACCCUUCGAUGGAGGUCCAGGGAGCUCAAGUGACAUGCCAGAGGUCACCUAGUGCAUCAGUGCCUCAGUUGUGGGGGAUGGAGGUAGGAGGACCUCAGGCCCCUUCUGUUUCGGCAUCCUUUGCUCAGACCACUAGGCAACACUGCUUCCUUCUGGUUUAGUGCUCAGCCAUUCCAGGAGUGAGGGCUGGCUGAGCAGCAGUAAAUUGCCCUAGCUGUGAGGGAUGGGCAGGGAGUCACUCAUGAUCAGGUCCUUUUGAAAAAGGGUUACUUCUCUGGACUCACCCUUAUGCCAGCUCAUGGGAUCAGAGAACAGGCUAUCGAUAAAGAAACCAGACUGCAGGGUUUAUUGACCCACUGAGGUAUUUAGAUAGCAGCCCCUCGUUCUGUGGGAGCAGAGCUUUGCUCCGCAGCGAUCACUCCCGAGCUAUUGACCUCUGGGAAGGCAGGUGAAACUGACACGCAAAGCUGUGGCAGGAGCCAAGUGACAGCAGCGGGUGGUAGGUGCCGACCCGCCUUAAGGCUCCUGCAGUGCCAGACAGCCUAAUCCAAAGCGAAGGCAGCUCCUUCAGUGGCUGGCUGUGACAAAUGCAGGUUGGCAGGGAGAGAUGAAGAGAGUGAGGAGUUAUUCCAGGGCAUGCGGGCCAAAUUAAUCUGUGGACCAACACAGCUGAUUUCAGGGACCUAGCACGCUUUAGGUGCUAUAGAAACAAUAGCAGGUGGUGAUAACAAUGGCAGUGAUACCAUGAGUCCCCUGUUUUCAAUCAUGUUACACACCAGCAGUUCAUUGAGCUCCCUGUUUCAGGUGGGGACGGUGCACUUAAGGAGACCCUUCACGUGUCUCUCUGCAGAGACAGCCAGCAGUAAAUGUGAAGGGCCAGAUCCCCAAAGAUAUUUAGGCUCUUAACUUCGGUUGAAACCAAUGGGAUUUAGGAGCCUAAAUACCUUUUGAGGCUUUUGGCCUAAGCGUUCUUGACUGGUUAUUUUCUCCACCCCGGCUGGCUCCAGAGGCAUUUGUAAUUAUUUUUUAAUCGACCGCUAAUGUCUUUUCAACAGAUGUAUUUUAACAACUGUCUAUUAAUAGAGGCAAAGGAAGCGCCAGGCUCAGAAGCUUUGUUUGUUCUGAAGAAGAGGCAGAGUGAGUCCCCUUGUCCUCUCCUCUCAGCACAGUGGGGGAAGGUGCCUCUUCCUUUAAAGUCUCAGUGCAAAUCU